GUUCAACAAGUGCAUGGAACAUCGGAAACCUCCUGGAAAUGCUGAAUUUGCCUCGAGAUGUCCUGAAGUCCAGCAUACUUCUCUGGGCAGCCUCGAGGCUCAGGAACCCAGCCCAGCCCAGCUUACUGUGCCCUCUCAGCCAGUCCUUCUUAGCCUUCAGCAGCCCUCCCUCUUCCUGAGUAGUGGCCCUUCGCAGGCCUGCGUCCCAGCCCCGCCCCUCUCUCUGGACGCAUCUCUGGGCCCCAUCAUCACCCGGCGCCGGGCCCUCCCUCUGCCCCCCCUUUCUCCUCCCUCCUUCCCUCCCUCCUUUCCUCCCUCUCUCCCUCCCUCCCAGCUCCUGCACCAGGAAACGGCCCGGAUCCCGGCAGCGGCCUGACCCGUGAGAUCCCUAACCUGGCAGGCGGGCGGGGUUGAAGACUGGCUGAGGUGGGGGGCUCCACGCUGGCUGGGAGGAUGAAAGGCCCCAGCUGGGGGCUCCUUGCCACCAGCGCUGUGUCUUAAGAGCUGCCAUCCCGGCUGGCUGCCCGGAUGGCGACCCCAGCCUCCGCCCCAGACACACGGGCUCUGGUGGCAGACUUUGUAGGUUAUAAGCUGAGGCAGAAAGGUUAUGUCUGUGGAACUGGCCCCGGGGAGGGCCCAGCAGCUGACCCGCUGCACCAAGCAAUGCGGGCAGCUGGAGAUGAAUUCGAGACCCGCUUCCGGCGCACCUUCUCUGAUCUGGCGGCUCAGCUGCAUGUGACCCCAGGUUCAGCCCAACAACGCUUCACCCAGGUCUCCGAUGAACUUUUCCAAGGGGGUCCCAACUGGGGCCGCCUUGUAGCCUUCUUUGUCUUUGGGGCUGCACUGUGUGCUGAGAGUGUCAACAAGGAGAUGGAACCACUGGUGGGACAAGUGCAGGAGUGGAUGGUGGCCUACCUGGAGACGCGGCUGGCCGACUGGAUCCACAGCAGUGGGGGCUGGGCGGAGUUCACAGCUCUAUACGGGGACGGGGCCCUGGAGGAGGCGCGGCGUCUGCGGGAGGGGAACUGGGCAUCAGUGAGGACAGUGCUGACAGGGGCCGUGGCACUGGGGGCCCUGGUAACUGUAGGGGCCUUUUUUGCUAGCAAGUGAAAGUCCAGGGCCAGGUGGGGCUAGGUGUGGCUGGGGGUCUGGAGAGCAGGAACAGAACAGAGAAAUGCCCUUGGAAGAAGUGGAGUUGGUGGAUGGGUGGGCAUGGAACAGGGAUGGGCAGGGGAAGGGUAGUGUGUAAGGGAGCUGAGUAGGCCAGGUAGGCGAUUAGAAGAAUGAGCAGGACAUAGGGGAGGGGAAUGUUUUGGCAAGUUUAGGGGGGCAGGAGAUGGAGUCGUUCCAGGGCUGGGGGAGGUGGGAGGGAUCAUGCCUAUAGGUGUGGGCACAUGAAACGACCUGGAACUUGGUUUGUAGCCAUGAGGAAUGUGGACUUGCAUAAGCAGUUGUGUUUCCAUUGGAUGAGUGGAAUUUGGGGAACAUAGAAGGUACAUCCCUUUGGAAUGGAAGCUUGAGGGUUCUUGGGCGAUAGGGAGAGGUGGCUGUAACCAUGGGCUGCUUGGACACACGUGUGCAUGUGCACGCAUGCUGCUGUGCAUGCUGGGCUGCCUGGCAAAUCUGGUGGUGGUGGUAUUCCCCAAGGAGAAAACAUUCCCUCUUGCAAUGGCAAGAACUAGGAGCAGUUCUCUGCCCUGCCCCCCACAACCCCUCCUUUCCCUUGCCGUUGUCCUGAUGCCUCAAGGCUUAGAGAGAAACAUUGUAUCCAGACAUAGGGCUCUGCUGCUUCUCUCCAGAAAGUAAUUGGCAAGGCUUUGGCAAGAAGAGCAGUGACCUUGUUCUUUCAUCAUCCCCCUUCUUUGUGCAUCAUGCACUUGCUGCUGCCUCCCAGGCUCUGACAAAAGGGCAGGGCUGUUGAGCCUGGAUGGGUGGAGGCUUAGGUAGCUGGACCUGCCUGCCACCCUCCUCUCCCACUCAGGCACAAUGCUGCCUAAAGUGUUUCCAGUCUCUGGGACCUCUGUACUCAAACUGAAACUCUUAAGUUGGGGCCCUAACUAAUUUUCCUUUUGAGGUUGUGGACAUAAGUGCUGAUGUAGAAUACAGUCUGGGUCCCACACUGUGUCUCAGUGAGACUGCUGAUGAUGCCUUGAGAGGACCAUUUCAGCUCUGAAUCCCAUGGGUGUGAGGGUGACUGGCCUAUGCUGUGUUGUGGGCUUUGGUUCAGCUUUAUCAGGGACCAGGCAUAUGGGUUCUAGAGUAUCUACCAUGACCUAGGAGCAUUUAUGAUUUCUUUGAAGCCACGCUGUUUGCAUGGGUGUUACUUGUCUGUACUUCAGAGUCUGAGGAUGUUAACUUUGGAACUUGCAGUCCUCUAGAACAGCUUCAGAUUAUAGCUUUUUCUUUUGAGGAAGAAAUUACUCACUCCAGAUGCAUGCCCUGAGCCAGACCUCACUGCUGCACUUUCCAAGGUGCUAAGAUUGCUGCUCUCCAAUGCUGACUUUCUGACACAGUGCUCUAGAACCCUGCCUGUGGUCCUGAGCACGGAUCAGCUUAGCUAGACCAUGGUUGACUCUUCUUGGAGAUUUUCACUUGGUCCUAGAAUGUGGCAACGUAGUUGUGCUCGCCAGAAUGUGGGACCAAAUUGGCCUCAGGUGUUUAGUCCAGACUUCUGCUUUUGAGAGAGGGCUGCACUUUUUAAUGGUUUUUCCAGGGGAGGUGGUAGGCUGCAUGUGCCACUUGGUCUUGUUGUGAGUAUGCUGACGCCAGAAACUCAGAGCCAACCUGUGGCAAGCAGUUGGGGUGGGGGGGUCUCUGACUUGCUCAGGACAAACUAGGCCAGUGGUUUUCAAACUGCUUGGCAGAGCCCUGAAAUUCCCUAGGGGUUGCAUCAGGAGUCCCUGGGGAGAUGAAGGGGGUGGGGAGCUGAGCAGGCUGGGCAAUUUGCCCUCUAACAGAACAGCUCCCCUUGUAGCUGUCUUACAUAUCGGGGUUCAGGGUAAGAUUUUAUUUGCAUUAAGGGGUUUGCUGCUGAAAAAAAGUUGGAAAACCACUGACUAGACCAUCGGUUCCAAAUUGGAGCCUGUGCUUCCUUCCCCAGGUUUGGAGCACACUGUUCACCCUACCCUUUGCCACAGGACGCAUAUCCCUGUUAGCAUUCCCGGGGACCUUUAGCCAAGAGGGGCUGCAGGGACCAUGGCCAGGUUACUGAAAUGCCCUGCUCUGAAGCCUUGACACCUGGGUGGAAAGAGAGGCUGUUUUCUGACAGGGUAAAUGGCUUGGUCUGGAUUCCCAGAAGCAUAGCUUAGAUGGGACCACAGAGGGGAAUUUUGACCUGUCCUGCCCUUCUUAGCUUGAAGGGAAACCCCAGAGACUCUUCUGUCAGGGAAAACUAGGGACUCUCUUCUAGAGCCAUAUAGUUCCUUGGGAUUAGCUCUUGGCCAAGAAGGCUGAGUAUGGCUCCCAAUUUUUAAAUCCAUUUCAUUUUUUUUAAAAAUAAGGGAAAUAAAUGUAAUUGCCAUUUUUCAAAGAUUAAGUAGGAGGAGAGGGGUUUCUUGCUUUCCAGAGCCAAAAGGGACAAAUAGAGACUUUGCUUAGGCCAAGGAAGGAGCAGAAGUAGGGCAACUUGGUCCUGCGAUUAUUAAUCCUACUCCCCACUUAUUCUAGGGCACACAUACACUAUUUUACUUUUUUAAAAUCAUAAAACGGCAGAAGAGAUUUGGUUAGUUUAGAAGAAAAGAAAGCUCUAUAAAUAUAAAUCUAUAUUCCUGUAUUUUUAUUUAAUAAUUUAUAAAUACCAAGUUCAUUUGACUUUUAUUUUUGUGUAAUAUGUAAUGGUCGUAUUAAAAAAAAUAAAUAAAGCCCAGAAGUUUAAUGAGAA